AUGGCGGACGAGGUUAAGCCUAUCACGACGUCAGCGCCAGAGGCACACAAUUAUUCGUUGGCCGAGAAGGGGCGCCGCCAUUCAGUGGGUGCUGAGGCUAUUAACGAAAAUAUCAAUGCCCGCAUUUCCAACCCUCUCAAGGGUAUUCCACGCGACGAGCUUUUCAGAAGGGUCGACGACAUCGUCGAAGAGCAAGGUCUACAGGAAGAGCGUGAGCUUCUUCGGAAGGGUGCCCUGGUUGCACAGGAACCUGAGAGAUACAGAGAAAUCAAGGGAGAGCAUGCCCUGGACAACGAAGAAAUUGACUGGUUGAGCCUUGAAGUCACCCACAAGUGGAGGGUUCCGAAGCUGCUAUACAUGACCAUUAUCACUUGUUCAAUUGGAGCUGCUGUUCAAGGUUGGGAUCAAGAGGGUAGUAAUGGUGCUAAUCUGUCCUUUCCCAAAGAGUUUGGCAUCGGUUCCGAGACCUUGGAUCACGAUGUGUUUCUUGUGGGUUUGAUCAAUGCUGCGCCUUAUAUCGGUUCUGCUCUCCUUGGGUGCUGGUUGUCUGAUCCUCUUAACAACAAAUUCGGUCGCCGUGGAACUAUUUUCAUCUCGGCCAUCUUUUGCUUACUUACUCCCAUUGGUAGUGCUUGCGCGCAGAACUGGGAACAGUUGUUGGUCACUCGACUACUGCUUGGUAUUGGUAUGGGCAUCAAAGCGUCAACCGUCCCUGUCUUUGCCGCCGAAAACAGUCCGGCCGCAAUCCGAGGCGCUCUGGUUAUGACCUGGCAGAUGUGGACUGCAUUCGGUAUUCUGCUUGGUGUUACUGCGAAUCUGAUCGUUGGUAAAGUCGGCGAUAUUGCCUGGAGAUUGCAAGUCGGAUCUGCAUUCAUCCCGGCAAUCCCACUGACACUGCUGAUUCUGUUCUGCCCUGAAUCCCCAAGAUGGUAUAUGAAGAAGAACCGAUACAAGGAGGCAUUGGCUUCACUCAUUAGACUUCGUAAUCACAAGAUUCAAGCGGCUCGUGAUCUGAUAGCCAUUGAUGCACAACUCCGACUUGAGAGAGUUGCGAUCGGAGAUUCGACCUACAUCAAGCGCUUCAUCGAGCUCUUUACUGUUCCGCGACUCCGAAGAGCGACUUUAGCCUCGUUUGUGGUCAUGAUUGCUCAGCAAAUGUGCGGUAUCAACAUUAUCGCUUUCUACUCGUCUACAAUCUUCAAGAAUGCUGGAACCAGCGACUUCAAUGCACUGCUCGCUUCGUUUGGGUUCGGUUUAGUCAACUUCAUCUUCGCUUGGCCUGCUAUCUGGACCAUUGACACAUUUGGUCGUCGAUCGCUGCUUUUGUUCACGUUCCCGAACAUGGCAUGGACCUUGUUGGCAGCCGGUCUUUGCACGCUGAUUCCGGGCAGUGGAGGUGCACACUUGGGUCUUGUGGCGCUUUUCAUCUAUCUGUUUGCUGCAUUCUACUCACCCGGUGAAGGCCCCGUACCCUUCACAUACAGCGCCGAGGUAUUCCCUCUGUCGCAUAGAGAAGUUGGCAUGUCUUGGGCCGUCUCUACUUGUUUGUUCUGGGCAGCAGUUCUGUCUAUCACAUUCCCUAAGAUCCUGGCCGAUCUUGACGUCAUCGGUGCCUUCUGUCUGUACGCCGGUUUCAAUGUUGUGGCCUUUGUCAUGAUCUUCCUGUGGGUGCCCGAAACAAAGCAAAGAACAUUGGAGGAGCUCGACUACGUGUUCGGUCUUCCCACCGCCAAGUUCGUCCGGUACCAAGUUCGCGAGGCUCUUCCAUGGUGGUUCAAGCGAUGGGUGCUGUUCCAGAAGGGUGCUACACUCAGGCCGCUCUACCAAUUUGACUCGGACGAUUCGGAUACCAAUGAAUAUGAUGACAGCAAAGCCCAAACUGACUUCAGGGAAACAACAGAGCUAUCUGGCGACUCUAAACCAGGAGCAACGUAA